GCAGUAGAAGCAGCCCCAGAAGCAGGCUCCCAACAGCCCAGCCCUUCCCAUCCAGAUCUGCCUGAGAGGACCCACCUCUGGGGUGGCCACUGACCACUCUACCCCAGGAUGGGGACCAUGUCCAGAGCAGCCUUGGUCUUGGCCUGUUUGGCUGUUGCUUCCCUACCCUCCGAGGGAGGUUUCAAGACUUCAGGCCAGAGGACGCUGGGGCCCGAGUACUUUGAAGAAGUUGGCUAUGCAGCACCCCCCUCCCCACCCCUGACCCAAGCCCACCCCAUGGAUCACUCUGACACCGCGGAGCAUGGCCCUCAUUUUGAGGAACAGAGUGAAGUGCAGCCCCCGCCCUCCCUGGAAGCUGGCCACCUCCAAGUGGAAGAGCUGUUUUCUCCCCAACUCCUUGUGAGAGCAGGAAGCCAUUCAGCGGGUCCCCUUCCCCCUCAGAAAGCCACUCCUGUCCAAGAAGAGCUGCCCUCCUCCCAGCUCCCUAUUGAACAGAAGGAAGUAGACACACCUGUCCCACAACAGGAGGAAAUGAUGAACCAGAAAGAGGCCGCUCAACCUGAAAGGAAGCCGGAGUCUGUGCCUCUGAACCCACAGUGCCCGCAGGGCCGGCCCCAAGGGGCCUGGGGCCACCACCUGGAUGGUUUCCCCCCUGGGCGGCCUUCUUCAGACAAUCUGGACAACAUCUGCCUUCCUACUCGUCAGCAUGUGGUGUAUGGCCCGUGGAACCUGCCACAGUCUGGCUACUCUCACCUUAGUCGCCAGGGUGAGGCCCUCAAUAUGCUGGAGACUGGAUAUGCCCGCUGCUGCCGCUGUCGCAGCUAUGUAGAGCGCAUGGACUGUGCAAAAAUUGUGUGGGAGGACACAAUGACCCGGUUCUGUGAGGCCGAGUUCUCGGUCAAGACCCGAGCCCACCGGUGCUGCCAAAAGCAGGGGGAGGCUCGAUUCUCCUGCUUCCAGGAGGAAGCUCCCCAGCCACACUACAAGUUCCAGGACUGCCCCAGCCUCCAGCCUGUUAUUUUCUCGGGCCUCGAGCUGCCUUUCCCCCCUGGGGUACCAACGCUGGACAAUAUCAAGAACAUCUGCCACCUAAGACGCUUCCGCUCUGUGCCACGCAACCUCCCACCUACUGACCGCCUCCAUAGGCAGCUUCGGGCUCUGACCCGGCUGGAGGGGGAGUUCCAGCGCUGCUGCCGCCAGGGAAACAACCACACCUGUGCAUGGAGGGCUUGGGAGGAGAGCCUUGAUGGAUACUGUGAGCAGGAACAGGCUAUAAAGACCCACCCCCACUCGUGUUGCCGCCACCCUCCUAGCCCUACCCGCGACAACUGCUUUACCAACAGGGCUCCCUACCCCAAUUAUGACCGGGAUCUCUUGACCAUUGACCUCAGCCGAAUCACCCCCAACCUCAUGGACUAUCUCUGUGGAAACCAAAGGGUUCUCACCAAGCAUAAACAGAUCCCUGGGCUGAUCCGAAACAUCACUGCCCGUUGCUGUGACCUGCCACUUCCCGAGCAAGCCUGCUGUGCAGAGGAGGAGAAAUCAGCCUACAUCAGUGACCUGUGUGAUGCCCAACGUAACAUCUGGCGAGAUUCUGCCUUCUGCUGCAGACUGAACCCUGGGGAUGAACAGGCCAGCUGCUUCAAUAUUAAUUAUCUGAAGAAUGUGGCCCUAGUGGCUGGAGACAGUGAGGAUGCCAAGGGCAAGGGAAAGCAGGACCCAACUCAGGGAAUAAAUAUCAGCCCUAGCCCUUGAACCCAAGGAGGAAUGAGUCACCCCAGAGCUUUGGAGGAUCAGACGGGGGGAACCCCACCCCACCCUCUUCGAAUACAGUCAGCACCUCUGGGAUUUGGCAUGCUCAUCGUCUGUAAUGUCUCACGUACAAACACACCCUCCUAAGCCAGCUUGCUGGGAUUUUCUUCAGUGACUGGACCCUGAGGCCCACUGCCCUGCCCUGACUGGCUGAGCAGUCAGUCAUUCCACAGGCUGUGAUGGAACCAUAAAUAAAUGGCUUAAAUUCA